AUGUCGACAGAUAUCUACUUAAUUGCUUUCGCACUUCUUCUCGCUCUCGCUGGUCUGAAACGAUGGCGCAGCAACAGAUUGCCUCUACCUCCCGGGCCAAGGGGCUAUCCGAUAAUCGGCAAUCUGCUCGAUAUGCCCUCCGAACACCAGUGGGUAAAGUAUCAUGAAUGGUCGAAGAAGUAUAAUUCAGAUAUCAUUUAUCUGAAUGUUUUGGGGAGCCCAAUUGUCGUGCUCAACUCAUACAAAGCGGCGAAUGACCUCCUCGGCGUGCGUUCUGCGCUGUACUCCGACAGACCCCUGAGUACCAUGUUGAACGAGCUUCUAGGUUGGAAAACGCUGUUGAGUUUCCUACCAUACGGACAUGCAUGGCGUGCGCGCCGUCGCGCAUUUUGGCAAGAAUUCAAUUCAGAACGCUCAACAAAUCAUCGCCCUAAGCAGCUGUGGUACUCCCGUGAUCUCCUUCGGCGACUGCUAGAGGACCCGAAGCGCUUUCUUCAUCAUAUCGACUAUACUCUCUCAGCGACCAUCAUCGCAAUCGCAUACGGUGUAGACGUCCAGGGUGAGGACGAUCCCAAUGUCGAGCGCGCUGGGAAAGCCCUCGUAAACUUGAAGGACGCUGCAAUCUCCGGGAGCUUCAUGGUUGAUAUGCUUCCGUUCCUCAAGUAUAUCCCCGCAUGGAUGCCGGGGGCUGGGUUCAAGGCGUACGCAGAGCGGGCGCGACCCCAUACCACGGAUAUGAGAGAAGCUCCAUACCAACAGGGUUGUAGUCGCUUGCGCGAAGGGAAAGGCGAGCCGAGCAUUCUAUCUCGCAGCUUGGGCGGACACAGCAUCGACGGCCAUCCAGACGAAGAGUUGAUCAAGGACGUGACAUGGGUUGCGUAUACAGGGGGCGCAGAGACAUCGCCUCUAGUGAUCUACACAUUCAGGAAAGGCCAAGAGGAGCUCGAUGCCUAUCUUGGUGCACGACUCCCCGCGUUUGAGGAUAUACCACACCUACCGUAUGUCCGUGCCAUCAUGCUCGAGGUAUUGAGGUGGCAAUCGGUGCUGCCUUUAGGCAAGUGUUUAUCAUCAUUCUUGCCGUGGUCUAUUCCUGACGAUCGCCCUCUAGGCGCACCCCACCGACUCACGAUGGACGACGAGUAUAAGGGGUAUAUUAUACCCAAAGGGUCCACGAUCUUCGUCAACGUCUGGGCCCUCUUGAGAGACGAGGAAGUCUACUCCGAUCCUGGAACAUUCAAGCCAGAACGCUUCCUGAAGGACGGGGAAAUCGAUCCGAAGACUCUGGACCCCAUCCCCAACUUCGGAUUUGGGCGAAGGAUAUGUCCCGGCCGGUUCUUCGCUAUGGACUCCCUUGCGAUCUCCGUCGCGUCGAUCCUCUCCUGCUUUGAUAUCGCUAAAGCUAAGGAUGCUCGCGGUCGGGAUAUCGAGCAGGAUAUUCAGUGGGAAGGUGGAUUCACAAGGCACAUCAUCCCCUUCGAAUGCGCCAUUACCCCUCGCUCUGCUAAGGCUGCAAAACUAGUGCGUGACUCGGAGCUCAUGUGA